GAACCGCGGUUCCCAGGCACACGGGAUGGAUGCGGGAGGUGAGAAGCGGACGUGCUUUCUGAUUGGCUGAGAAGUCCGCGGCCGUUGGGGUGGGAAAAAGCUGUGGAGGGUUCCAGGCUGUGGUGGUAAUUGGGUUUUCCUCAGACUUGAGGCGACGACACACUCAUUGGAAGGGGCGAGGAAUCCAGGGUGUGGCAGAAGACUAGAGAGGAGCUAAGGGAGUCGGUAUGUGGAUCCAGUGAGCCCGUCCAGGUGCCCCAAGAGGCUCGUGAAUAUGGACGGACCCAUGAGGCCAAGAUCGGCCUCCCUCGUUGACUUUCAGUUUGGAGUUGUCGCCACAGAGACGAUCGAAGACGCCCUGCUUCACUUGGCCCAGCAGAAUGAGCAAGCAGUGCAGGAGGCUUCGGGGCGGUUGGGCAGCUUCAGGGAGCCCCGGAUCGUGGAGUUUGUUUUUCUCCUGUCUGAACAAUGGUGUCUGGAGAAAUCUGUGAGCUACCAGGCUGUAGAAAUCCUAGAAAGGUUUAUGGUAAAACAGGCAGAGAACAUCUGCAGGCAAGCCACAAUCCAGCCAAGAGAUAAUAAGAGAGAGUCUCAGAAUUGGAGGGCUCUGAAACAGCAGCUUGUCAACAAGUUUACUCUCCGUCUUGUGUCAUGUGUUCAGUUGGCCAGCAAACUUUCCUUCCAAAACAAAAUAAUCAGCAACAUUACAGUCUUGAAUUUCCUCCAGGCUCUAGGCUAUCUACACACUAAAGAAGAACUGCUGGAGUCAGAGCUUGAUGUUUUGAAGUCCCUGAACUUCCAAAUUAAUCUGCCCACUCCCCUGGCAUAUGUGGAGAUGCUCCUAGAGGUUUUAGGAUACAAUGGCUGUUUGGUUCCAGCCAUGAGGCUGCAUGCAACCUGUCUGACACUGCUCGACCUGGUCUAUCUUCUGCAUGAACCCAUAUAUGAGAGCCUGUUGAGGGCUUCAAUUGAGAACUCCACUCCCAGUCAGCUGCAAGGGGAAAAGUUUAUUUCAGUGAAGGAAGACUUCAUGCUGUUGGCAGUAGGAAUCAUUGCAGCAAGUGCUUUCAUCCAAAACCAUGAGUGUUGGAGCCAGGUUGUGGGGCAUUUGCAGAGCAUCACUGGUAUUGCCUUGGCAAGCAUUGCUGAGUUCUCUUAUGCAAUCCUGACUCACAGCGUGGGAGCCAACACUCCGGGGAGACAGCAGUCUAUUCCUCCCCACCUGGCAGCCAGAGCUCUGAAGACUGUUGCUUCCUCUAACACAUGAGGGAGGCUGAAUCCACCAAAUAUAAACAGCCUUUCGUCACUGCACUCAUGCCUCCCUCUGUUUACUUUCAUACUAAGGGUACAGAAGUUCCAAGUCUCUUUUGAACUGUA